AUGCCUGCAACACAAAGACACCCCCAUCAAAUCCCCAUCAUCGACAUUUCAGCCUCUCUCCCACAAUCAGAAGUUGCCAAGCAACUGGUUGACGCUGCAGCAACCUAUGGCUUCGUCUAUGUGAAGAACGAGGGGAAGGACAUUCCCGUUGAGGCCAUAGAGAGUAUAUUUGACUUGUCCAAGAAGUUCUUUAAGUCCCCAGUGGCAGAGAAGGAACCAUGCAAGAUCUCAGAGAAUAAUAGAGGCUGGGUUGCUAUGCACGGCGAGACUCUAGAUCCCAAAAGUCAAAAGGCAGGUCGUGCGCUUAGCCCCACUCUUCUUCAAAUAUUACUGUAUAUGGAUAUCGCUACUAACAGGAUUCAGAUUGGCGAUUUCAAAGAGGCCAUGAAUCUCGGAGAAUUCGUUGACGGAAGAGCCCAGCAACCUCUCCCUGCCGCAUUUGCAGGUCACGAGCAAGAGCUUGAUCAAUUCCAGAAAUACUGUCAUUGCUUGAUGUCGAAGAUCCUGGUACUUUUUGGUAUAGGACUCGAGGUUUUGUCCCUUAUGCCUUUCGUGCUGACUUCUAUACUCACACCACGACAGAUUGACCCCUCUAAAGGAGGCGAAGACUGGUUCGCCAGUCGCCACCGCGGCACAGGUCCAAGUGGCUGCACACUCCGCCUCCUUCACUACCCCCCCAUUCCGCCAGGAACAGACUACCGCCCGUCAGUCGAUAUCCGCGCAGGCGCUCACUCCGACUACGGCUCGAUAACUCUCCUCUUCCAACGCCCCGGCCAACCCGGUCUCGAAAUAAUCCCCCCCUCAUCCUCCUCUGAAUCUCCCAACUGGACACCCGUCCCCGUCUUCCCGCCCACCACCGAAUCCGACCCCUCGCCUCCAAUCCUCGUAAAUAUCGGUGACUUGCUUAGCUUCUGGACCAAUAAUCUCCUAAAAAGUACCGUCCACCGAGUCGUAUUCCCAGCGCAAGAAAGGCAGAGCGAGGACCGGUACAGUAUUGCGUAUUUCGGGCAUCCCAUUGGCUCAACGGUUCUGGAGCCGGUGCCGAGUAAGAUGGUGGAGGCCAUGAAGGAUGCAAGGGGCGGAAUCGCUGGCGCAGAGUCGAUGACGGCCGAUGAGCAUCUGAUGAGCAGAUUGAAGGCGACGUAUUUGGGGAUGUAUCGCGAUGGCGAGGUAGACGAGGCCCAGCGGGCGGUAGCGGCUACUUGA